AUGACCAAAGACGAAGCCGCUUCUCAACUGACCUACAGCAUCUUUAGUCAGGUGUAUCAUCGAGUCAAACAAGCACGAGACAGAUUUUACAGCUGGCGUUAUUUUUGUUGGGUCGUGCUCUUCGUUUCUGCCAUAAAUGUGAUUUUUAUUGGCGGAAAGCGUCGAGCUUUCGGAAUCUUUGUCGCCGCUCUGCAUAGUUCCUACAACGAGACAAGUAUGUCAGAACUGAACUGGAUUGGGGACAGCUAUGCGUCUUUGGGAUUUUUCCUAAUGCCGUUCGCCACAACAGCGAUUGUUCGACUAAAUCGUCCAUAUCGGUUCACCAUGUUCCUAGCCGGAGUGACCAUAUUCACCAGCUGCAUGACGUCGGCUUCUGUGCCCGAUCCAAGCUAUUUGUUUCUCACACACACCAUCCUUCAUGGUAUUGGUUCAACUCUGGUUCUGUGUGGAUGCAGUCUGGUCACCGGAGACUACUUUGACAAAACACAUCGAUUUCAUGUUCUGGCCACAGCAUUCGUUUCCGGCGGACCGUAUGGCGUAUUGUUAUUCGGACCGCUGUUUUCCUAUUGGAUACAUGAUUACAGUUGGCAAGAUGCCUUUAUCUUCAGUGGAAUUCUAUUUCUGUUCGUCACGUGGUUGGGUGCAGUGAUUUUUCUUCCACGUGAUAUGCAUGAGUACAGCCGAGCUGAGCUGACUUUAUCCGAACCUCUGGCUGACAGAGAUGCGGGGAAAAAGGACGAUAUGAGAAAACCAAAGAAACAGAGUGCAGCGGCAAAUAUAUACCUACGUGAUCAACCCAAAGCAAGUGAUGGCCGUGGAUGGGCAUUCUGUUCGGUGGACCAUUUGCGUACCAAUCCGCAGGUGUUCUUGUGGGCUUUUGAACGUCUUCUCCACAACAUUGUCAUCUACGGUCUACUCAUGAAUCUGACCGCCUAUGUGACACAGUCGUUGAACAACGAACUUAUUCGUGGUGCGAAGGUCAACCUCUACUUUGGUAUUGGUGAAUCGAUUAUUUUCACAAUCGGUGCCUUGAUUGGAGAUCGAAUAAGGGGCAAGUUGCCCAUAGUCUAUUUGAUUGGAGCUGCCUUCUCAGCCUUGUUCCUAAUCAUUGUGCAACGGAGCUACACGGAUAUCAAUGUAGUCUAUGUGUUGUCUGGGCUAACAGGGGGAGCUGUGGGUGUGGGGAACACGUUCCUAUAUGCCACAGCUGAGGAGGUUAUGCUCGUGCAUGGAUCAAUUGCUUUUCCCAUGACCAAAAUGGUUGCCGGGGUCGGAAUGAUCAUAGCCCCGGCAUUUUCCGGUUCUGUGAUUGAUGGAUACGGGUACAGGGGUUUUUUCAUAAGUAUGGCUAUUCUCGUUUCUCUACGUGUGGUUCUUCUGGCUUUGGUAUGCAUCAUUCUUCAUCAUAAACACAAGAUGAUGUUGAACGAGGUCGUGGAAAAGGGUCUUCUGGGCGAGCAAAAUAACAUGGUUCACUGUUGUCAGUACACAACGCAAGAUUGCGAGAUUAAACGGAUCGAACGGGAAAGAAGACAACGACACGAGUCUGAGCAACAGCAACACGAGGAUCAAGAGCUUCCAGAAAUGAUUUCAAAGAAUGGAUCGAAAAAUGAACACUGGAACUCUGAUCCAGACCAGAAAGUCCCAUAA